AUCCCUGGGGCCUCUAUGGAGGCGGAACUACUGUGUCAAGGGUCGUGGUUUUCGGGGAGAAGUCGUGGUCGGAUUGGCAAGAGGGCGGGCUGGAGGCGGGACUUCCGGGCUGCUGCUCCGUCAGCUGCCUUCUCGGGCGUCUCCCCGCAACCUCCCUAACUUCCCUAGUCAGUGACGCGGCGCCCGGCAGAAAUCUGAAGGGAUUGGGGUCGAGGGAGCGUGAGUUUCAGUUAAAAGAAGAUGGAUGCACACAGUUCAGCCAAAAUCAAUGCAAGGAAGAGGAGGAAAGAGGCAGCUGGACCCAAUGGGGCAACAGAGGAAGACGGAAUUCCUUCGAAAGUGCAGCGCUGUGCAGUUGGCUUACGGCAGCCAGCUCCGUUUUCUGAUGAAAUUGAAGUUGACCUCAGUAAGCCCUAUGUCAGGGUAACUAUGGAAGAAGCCAGGAAAGGAACUCCUUGUGAGCGGCCUGUGAGAGUUUAUGCAGAUGGAAUAUUUGACUUAUUUCACUCUGGUCAUGCCCGGGCUCUGAUGCAAGCAAAGAACCUUUUCCCCAAUACAUACCUCAUUGUGGGAGUCUGCAGUGAUGAGCUAACACACAACUUCAAAGGCUUUACGGUGAUGAAUGAAAAUGAGCGUUAUGAUGCAGUGCAGCACUGCCGCUACGUGGAUGAGGUGGUGAGGAACGCCCCCUGGACCCUGACACCUGAGUUCCUGGCAGAACACCGGAUUGAUUUUGUAGCCCAUGAUGAUAUCCCUUAUUCUUCUGCUGGGAGUGAUGAUGUUUAUAAGCACAUCAAGGAAGCAGGCAUGUUUGCUCCAACACAGAGGACAGAAGGUAUCUCCACAUCAGACAUCAUCACUCGAAUUGUCCGGGACUAUGAUGUGUAUGCGAGACGGAACCUACAGAGGGGAUACACAGCAAAGGAGCUCAAUGUCAGCUUUAUCAAUGAGAAGAAAUACCACUUGCAGGAGCGGGUUGACAAGGUAAAGAAGAAAGUGAAAGACGUGGAGGAAAAGUCAAAAGAAUUUGUUCAGAAGGUGGAAGAAAAAAGCAUUGACCUCAUUCAGAAAUGGGAGGAGAAGUCCCGAGAAUUCAUUGGAAGUUUUUUGGAAAUGUUUGGUCCAGAAGGAGCUCUGAAACACAUGCUGAAAGAAGGAAAAGGUCGGAUGCUGCAGGCCAUCAGUCCAAAGCAGAGUCCCAGCAGCAGCCCUACUCGUGAACGCUCUCCCUCCCCCUCUUUCCGAUGGCCCUUCUCUGGCAAGACUUCCCCACCUUCCUCCCCAACAAAUCUCUCCAGGCACAAGGCCGCAGCUUAUGAUAUCAGUGAGGAUGAAGAAGACUAAUUUUUCAUCCCUCCUUUCCUGUCCCCUCCCUCUGUCUCAUCACCUUCUGAAGCUCUCUGUUGAAUUCCAAAUUGUGAUCCCAACACUAAACCUAAGAACAGCUACAAAGGAAAGAAUUGAAGCAAGAGGACCGAGAAAUGGGGGAACAAAAACAGCCUAUCCUCCAAGAGACAUCAAUCACUCACACCAAGAAGGAGACUGACUAUAGUUUAGAAGCCUGUUCUGCAUCCAUCCACCCUCCCCAAGGACUUUGUUUUACUAUUAUGUUCAUGUGAUCUUGACAGGGAAAUUGUCAUUUUUAUUACUUUUUUAAAAAUUAGUCUUUCAAAUAUAGUAUGUAGAACUAAUUUUUUGCCCCUGAGGAGUGGGCAGAAGAAGGAAGUGGCGUAACACGCAGAGGCCUUUUCUUCCUGAUACACUUUAGUGUUUGCCUUCUGUUCUGAAGCAAAGUGGCUUACCAAGUCAUUCAUGUGAUGAGCCAUGCUGGUGGGUAAUUUGGGGGGAAAUACCAUAAUUUUGAUUUGCUUUAAAAAAGCUAAAAGCUGAAUUACAGUCACAAAUCCCCUAAAUGUACUGCUGGCACAUGUGUCAAUGUGGCUGUGGGAAGAAGGAGAUCUGAGCCUAACUUUUCUUACUCCCUAAGGAGUUACUUGUUGGACCCAAUGGGGUCCAUGGAGACACUGAUGGGGAUGGAACCAGACCACAUGGCAUCGGCUGCAGUUUUUCUGCUGUGUUCAUCUUCUCAGAAAAUUCUGUUGCCCAAUUAUUUGGGAGCUUUUGUCAAUCUCUUUCCUAUAAUCUACCUUUAAAGGAAAGAACACUUUUAGGGUUACUGUGAUGAGGAGAGUAGUGGGACAAUACUCAAUCCUAUACAAAGUCAGUUUAGAUUCAUUUCCUGCUGAGAGUAAGUCCCCGGCCCUUCUAUUCCUAUUUCAGUGCUAUUACCUAGCUUUUUACAAAGGAGAGUUUGUAAAUGUCUUCAGUGUGAACUUGAUGUUAAUCCAUGUUGCUCAUAGCCAUAUUGAAUUUAGAGAGAUUUGCACAGAACCUAGAUGCAAAAGCAUAAGGAAAUACUUUCCUUUCUAAAGCAACAGCCUUACCUUAACCUCUGCUCCUCUUAAGAAUAUUCUUAACUGGAACCAGUGUUCCAUGAGGUGUUUCUUUUCCUCUGAGAACUACAACUGGCAGGGACUUCCCUCCACUGCUCCUGCAACAAGCCACAAAGCAUGGGCUCAUAUGACAAAAGUAUGGUAGGUUUCUCCCUCUUUCCCACGUGUGCCUUGUUGUUAUGGUCCCACCUCCUCUGUUAGGUUGUCCAGGGGGAUUCAGCACUUAAAUUUCAAAUCAAAGAAUGCUGAUGCUUAACAUUUGCUGUUAAGCAUGAUCUAAUUUUUAAAUACCAUCCUAUCUCCUCAGCUACAUGACCUAGCAGAUCAUUAACCAUCAGUAAUCCUGUAGCUGGAAUCAGAGGACAACUGCUUAUGUCUAGGCCAUACCCGCUAUCACUCAUACAUACCCCCUUGUGGAGGUGGAGUUUUAGUGUUUUCAUCUAAGAAAACCACCUUUUCUCUUUUCUUGCCUCUUUGCUGGGACUGUGAGCAUGUCAUAGUCCCCUUCCUAAACACUUUCUGAUAAAACUUGUUGUUCUUCCUGAGGGCAAGAGGCUAGAAUCACUGCCUGCCUGCACAGCAGAACUACCUGAGUUCUUAAAACUCAGAUCACCCAGAGAGGCAGAGCAUGACAAAGAAGAGGGACAAAGAGGGGGAAGCCUCUUAUUGUCCUGAUGGCCCAUGAAAACUACAUUCUAACUCUUCUCAUGAAGUGCUGUUUUCUGGUUCACACAAGCUUUAGCUUGGAAUCCUUUCUUUGAAACAGUUGAAGUUAGUGUUUUCUCAUAUUACCCAGCUUUAUGUGGUCUCAUAUUUUAACUUUCCUGCUUCAGUCUUCCCUCUUUGGGAAUUCUGCCUAUUUCUGUCUGAUUCUCCCUGGUAAAGAAAGGUGAUGAAGUCACUGGUAAAGCCCACCUACUUGUUCCCUCAAAGUGCACAUUACCCAAGUGUAUUUGGAUGGACAGGAAGAUGCUCAGAAUGUGGUUUUCCUCUGCAGUCACUCCUCCUAAAUAUAUUUUCUGGGUCCCAAAUGUUUGAGCCAUCCUUCUCUGCUUUCAGUGGGCUGCUUUUAGCAUGCCCUGUGCUUGGAGUAGGACCUGUAGGCUGACAGGGUCUGUGAGACUGCUAGAGCCAGCAUAUGCACAUGUUCUUGGAAGACUCUCUCACCCCUUUUAGUGAGAUUCUAGUGCCUCAGUCUCCCAACGCUAGUAUAUUUUCAAAUAAUUUUGACGGAAAACAAAAACGUUUAUGGUGUGGCAUGUUAGAUACUUUGGAGUAAAUGUAUUAAUAAUCUUAGGUGCUGGACAAGGGCGAGUGGAUGGAGGAAGCCAUUAAGAAUGAUGCAUUAUUUGAUCAUUUGUGCCUAAUUAAAUGAGGUUAGAGGUCUGUACACUACAACCAUGCCUAUGGUCUGUAAAUCUUCAAUUAUUAAUGUUUGAGGCUAUGGAGCUGUUUCCCUGAAUCCCACACAAGAAAGCAGUCAACCUGGAUGGGCCAAAUGUGGCAGAUGUAGGAGAGCCUUAAAAGUUGCUUGACCUUAGAGCCUGUGUCUGCAAGACAGAAGGAGACUGAAGACAGAAGAAGCCCUGUAGCUAGUACUGAGGAGGUGCCAGUUCAGCAGUUACCUUAAGGUGGGCCCGGCAGAAAGUUUGCUAUUUUCAUACUCUAGGCUCAGGAGCACUGAAGACUAGAGGUUGAAACUUUAGAGGAAUAGAAAUGGAUCACUUGAACUGCUGUAGCUGCUUCUGAUAACUAGAGCCAAACACCAUUAUUUUGUGGAGACUUGGGUAACAAGGUUUAGGAGGUGAAAAAGUUGAAAAUCCUGAAGAGAAAAAAUGGAAGGGAGGUUAAGAAAACUUUUGACCUUUUUGAUCACUGAUAACUUCUUAGGCUGUACCUGAGUUAUACUUAAUUUACUUACGGCCACAGAGCUGGUCAGACAUUCUCUAUAUAUUCCCUCCACAAUGUUCUUCUCAGUGCUUUUUUACUCCCUUUCUGGAUUAUCUUGAUUUGUGGGUAGCUUAUUUUCUGGAGCUCAUUGCCUUUUUAAUCCUAUUCCAGAUUGCUUAUCCAAAAUCUUUCCAAAUCAAUUCUAUUUUGUUGCUUUUCUUAAUUCCUUAAAAGCCAUAGCUUCUAGAUUUUCUGUCAGCAUAUACUCUCACCAGAAGUUGAACCAAUACAGGUAAGGCAAAAAAGCUCCCUUAACAAUGUUUUUAACUAAUGGUAUUUUUUUAAAGCUUACCAAUAUAAGUAUUUUUAAAGGUUAUAUUUUUCAAAGUCAUGACAAUGAUUGUUAUUGUUUUCUCUCAUAAGUAGAUUGUCAUGGGAUAAAGAGUUGUCCCUAGCUUCUAUUUUUCCAAAUAAAUAAGCAGAACAUGUUCUUUGGGAUUAUACAAUUAAAUGUUAAUUUUCUU